AUGCCCCCGGCAGCCUCGGACGACUUAUUUCGCCAGCAGGGCCGGGCUUCAGGCGAUCUCAUCCCCCUUCCUCCAGAUUUCACUCGGCCAAGUCCCGAAAACAAUGACAAUAUUGGAAAAACGAAGAAAAAGGGUAAAAACGGCAAAGGAGGUAAAGGGGCCAAAGCGGUAGCCAAGUCUCCGCCUGAUGACCUGAUUGACACUUCGCCGCCUGUGCUACCUGAGCCGUCGUCUUAUUCGGAUACCCCGUUGGCUCCCCCUAGUGAUCCAGUUGCCUCGGCCAUUCCAGACGCUUUGGGGUCUCUUACGGGAACGACGGAGAAUGAUCUUGCCAUCCGUACGGGAACAUGGGCAGAAUCAAUUCCAUAUGGAAAAAGUCCUCCAAAUGAUGGCGUCAAUGGGGAGCUCGCAGGCGGGUCUCCCCUUAGCUUCCCUACGCACCUAGAUAAAGGUGGUUUCUGUCAACCGUCAUCAACCUCUCCCCCUCCUCGAAGGAGACCCUUGAGCUACGGCAAUGGAUACCUGAGCAGCAAUUUGUCCAGGCAGCAAUCCGUAGACAGGCAGAAGAGCCAUUCUCUGAGUGGCCCGUACGACGGUCAUAUUCCCCUGCCUCAUCUGCCGCAACCUCACUUCUACGGAGCUCCAGAUAUUGAUCUCCCUCCAUUUACUGGUUCAAACCGUGCAGCUGGAGACGAAGGUUACUCAUUUUGUUGCUUUGACACUUUGUCCGGUCCAGCGUUCAAGUCCUCCAAAAUGGGUGGCACCGUACUGCUUGUUGGCACUGACGGGGCCUUGGACGUUCUCGCAAUCGAAGACCGCAGAACGCGUUUAGUGGGAAAGCUUAGUGGGCUCAGGGGCCGUGUGAUAGAGGCAAAGAUCCUAGCCUCUACCUCAUCGAACGAUCCGUUCAUUUCGUCUAGACCACACGUCGCCAUCAUAAUACACGGACCCUGUGCCUCAAGUGAAGACGAAGGCCGGACAUCUUCUGCUGGUUCGGAAACAAAUGAGAUACCACCUAGUCAGACCGGAAGGCCUCCGCCGGGUGAAAAGCGCGUUAGCAAGGAUGAGCCGAAACUGUACCAAACUAGAGCCGAGAUUUAUUCUCUCAGGAGCGGAGAUCAGAUCGCGACACUCUUCACCACGAAACCUACUCCAUGUUUUGAGAACAUUCCCGGAUUGCCUGCUCUGGCCCCAUCUCCUAUUGGGAAUCUUAAGCUACUCGUCAGCGGGAACCAUAUAGUGUUGGCGUCCGGCGUCAGUGGGGAGGUGGUGCCUGCCUCACUUAUUCAGGGCAAAGCUUUUGGGCUCGAGACGCGUAGUCCUCCAGCCAAGCCGCCAGUCACCUCCGCAACGGACGUUGGCGAGGGCGAGAGCCUCUUUGACAAAGUAGCAAGGGGUGUCACACAAGAGCUGGUACGUGGUGCCCGCUGGAUGGGUGACCAGGGGCUUCAAGCUUGGAACAAUUACUGGAAUAAAGACCAGUCUCAGAGCACAUCCUCGCGCCGAUCCCCAAAUUUUAUGGAUUUACCACAACAAGGAUACAGUCUCUUCCCUCCGACACACGCCCAGGAAACUCAAACUACUUCCCCUGCAGAACCCGAUUCUGUGUCGAUUUUGGAUUUGAGACGAUUGGAUGAUGGCGGCGAGGCAAGGAAUGCUAUGCUCAACCCCAUCGCUACCUUCCAGGUCCCUAAUGGAUGUAGCUUCUUGUCAUUCUCCCCUAAUGGUUUGAUGUUGCUCACGGCGAGCAAGAAGGGGGAUGUACAGUACGUUUGGGACUUGAUGCAAGCCAGGCAUUGUCGGGCAGGGGUCUUCUUUUCCGAGGACUCCACAUCGCCAUCAGCCAAUGUGCGACAAGUUGCGCGAUUCGCACGACUUACUACGUCUUCUAUUGUCGACGUGAUCUGGUCCCCUCCAUCCGGAGAUCGUCUGGCAGUGAUAACCCGCAAGGGCACAGUGCACGUUUUUGACCUUCCUCGCAGUGCUUUCCAGUGGCCUCCGUUCCGGCGAGCUCGUCCCCAACCCCCCAAGUCACAAGCCAACAACUCCCCCACGGACGAAGCGACUGACAGAGGGGCUGUGACGAAUCCGCUAUCCGCCGCUUUCAAACUCGUUGGUGGAAAAACACAGCCUAUCCUUGCUGCAGUUAGAGGUCGCACUCCGUCCGCCGGCUCUGCAUUUCCUGCAGUCGGUGCGUUCGCAAUUCCCUCCGCGGCUGGAGUCCGAAGUGGAAGGGCGGUUGCUGCUGGUCUUAGCAAAUCCAUGGGUGCAGCAACUGGUACAGUCAAUACUCUCCGGCACGCUGGGGAAAAUCGACUGCAUCUUUCCGGUCUCGCCCGUGACCCAGCCGCGUCUCGUGUUGUUUGGAUUUCGAACAAAGGGCAGCCUUUCCUGGGUGUGGUAGACAAUGGAUUCUUCCGGCUGUACCGGGUCAAAAGAUCCAUGUCUUCUCACAGAAAUCGCCAACUGCAGUCGGUUAUUGGAAACAAGGAAAUCGAGUACAAGUUGCCUGCAAACCUUCAGAUUCCAUGCGGUCCACUGCUGAUUGGGACAUUCGCCCACGAACACACUGUGUCUGCCAUAUUAACCCUGCCAUCUUCAAACUCACGGCCCCACACUACCUCAAAGAUCAGGUGCCAGCCCCUGUCCCAGGCCGAGAUCGAAACGAACGCACCUUACCAGCCCUUCCACACCGACCACAGAGUCAAUCUCUUCGUUUUCUCGAAUGAAAAUGAAGUAUGUGAUCCGUUGACGUAUGGCCCGGGCGGCCAGUGGAUCUUUGGCGACUGCAUCUCGCUGACCAAGCUCCACGUGCGGCCAUUCAGCGCCGGUGGUGGCACCGGGGACGAGGACGAUAUCGUGCACGAACAACACCACGGCUACGGGGGAGAAAUGGAGAACCUUAUCAGUCUGGGCAACAGCACCGGCAACGUUGAAGAGGUUGUUAUCACCACUCGCAGGAAGAAGAGACAUUCCAUGGCAGUCUCCACUGCUCCUGGCGCUGGUGUCGACGACGGAUUCUUCGAAGACGACUGUGAGGUGCUGGAUUUUGCUCGGGAUCGGGUUUGA